AACUCAGAAAUUAGUAAAGAUUAGCUUUCCUUUUAUUCUUCAUCAUUCCCAUUCAGACCCCCACGCACUUAAGCCUCUCAAGAUGAAGCUGAAGCAGUUAGAAGGUCUUCUUGGGUCUCUUGACCAGUUCGAGAACCCUAAGAUUGAAUUGGAACAAUAUCCAACUGGGCCCCAUAUUGCAUCUCGAUUGCUGUACACUGCUGAGAAUUCGUUCCGGGAUGUUGAAAAUAAGGUGGUCGCUGAUUUUGGUUGUGGGUGUGGUACAUUAGGACUUGCAGCUGCUCUCUUAGGGGCUGACCAUGUUAUUGGGCUUGACAUUGAUACAGAAUCUCUUGAAAUUGCAUCCUCAAAUGCCGACGAUCUUGAUCUAGACAUGGACUUCGUACACUGCGAUAUCAAGAACUUAAAAUGGCGAGAUCGAAUUGUUGAUACAGUAGUAAUGAAUCCUCCAUUUGGUACAAGGAGGAAAGGUGCCGACAUGGAUUUCCUUUUAGUGGCUUUGAAGGUGGCUUCUAAUGCUGUUUAUUCCUUGCACAAGACCACCACAAGAGAUCACGUGAAAAGGACUGCCUUGCGAGAUUAUAACGCUGUCAGCGCUGAGGUUCUAUGCGAGCUCCGGUUUGAUGUGCCUCAGCUGUACAAAUUUCACAAGAAAAAGGAGGUUGAUGUGGCUGUGGACCUCUGGCGGUUCGUUCCUCAAAAAUAUGGAGAAAAGCAUUUGUAACAUUUAAGUGGUAAUGCGAGGUUAGGCUCAUAAAGAAUUUACUAUUUGGUGGAGAAAUGGAGAAACAAGAUUUUUCAUUAGAGCUCUGUAAGAUAAACUUGUUCGGGGCAUGUGGAAUUCCUUAUAUAGUUAAGCCUGGAUAAUUCUAUUAUCGGAGAAGUUUCCCUUUCCAUGUGAUUAAUGCUGCUUGUUAUUUCUUUCAAUUUAUCGAUUUACCAUUUGUUUUCUGUUA